UUCUUAAAUUGGUAAAGGGAGGGGGUUGAUUUAUUAAACACGUUUUUAAAAAGAAUUCUUGUAUAGUAUGGGCUUUGAAGUUUCUUUUUAUGUUCACGGGAGGCGGAUCCACCGGAUUGAUUGAGUCCAUCAUGUGCUCCAGCCCACCGAACCAGAAUAUCCCAGCAUUUCACUGUUCUUUCCCCUCUCUCCACAUCCUCUCCGAGCAGAAGAGGCUUCUAAUGCCCUGGAAAAAUAAGAAAACAGUCUAGCAAUCACGGACAGACGUGCAUCUGAGUCUUCUGUGGUUGUGGACAUGUCUUUUAUACUGAAGUAUAACGCGAUGCAGCUGUUUUGCAGAGAGCGCUGGUGAGAAAUCAGGCAUCAGCAUCAUCCAGGAUGUCUCUGAUGUUUGGGAAAGCAAGAACUUGCAACAUUGUCACAGUUCCUGAGCAUGAGCCUUCGGAGUGUAACAUAGUGAUUUUGGGAGCUAUGGGAUCUGGAAAGUCAGCACUUACAGUGAAAUUCCUCACGAAGCGCUUCAUCAGUGAAUAUGACCCAAAGCUUGAAGAUACCUACUCUUCAGAAGAAGUUGUAGACCAACAGCAAGUUCUGGUUAAAGUGAUGGACACGGCUGAUCAGGAUGGACCAGUCAACUGUGAGCGUUAUUUAGGCUGGGCCAAUGCCUUCAUCAUUGUCUACAGCAUUGACAACCGGUCCAGCUUUGAGGCCUGCCAGCAGUACUUGGAGACUGUGACUCUUUACUCAAAAGGCCUGCAGCCAGAAGCUCCUGUCAUUCUUUUAGGAAACAAGGUGGACAUGGAGAGAUACAGACAGGUGAGCAAGGCAGAUGGUGCUGCUCUGGCCUUGCGGUUCGGUUGCCUGUUCUUUGAAGUUUCCGCCUGCUUGGACUUCCUGUCCGUUCAGCACAUCUUUCACGAAGCUGUUCGAGAAGUGAGGCGAGAGACAGAGAGGAGUAUCCGUCCGCUCUUCAUCAGCGAAGACAAGUCUGCGAUCAGCCUGUCCUCUGCCCCUCCGCUCACCACCUGCUAUAAAGAGCUGCCCACCCCAGCCACCGCAAAGCUGGUUACAGUCAAGUCCUCGAGGGCUCAGAGCAAACGCAGAGCCCCCACACUUACACUGCUCAAGGGCUUCAAGAUCUUCUGAUGCUCUAGAGAAUCUACAAUGAGGAAUGCUUGUUUUGAUUUCAUAUCAGCUCAUUUACCAUUAAAACAAACAGGACCUGAAGGAUUACAAUGUUUCUCACGAACUUGAGAAAGCGGUAACUUUAUGAAAAUGGACAGUGUGCUACGUAUAUCAGAGUGCUAAUGAAUAUCUUUGUUACCAUUGCUGAUUAUAUUAUUAUAAUUGUUGAUUUUUUUGUUUUGUUUUGUUUUGUUUGUUUCACUGAUCUUUGCACCGGAAUUAUACUUGUAUUUUAUUGUGAUAAAACCAAUUUCCACUUGAUAUAUUAAUUUCAUAGAAUUCAUUUGGGCAUGUAUUUUUAUACACAUCAAAACACAAAACCUAAUCGUGCACAGAAUACCAAAGAAAGUUUCAGGACAAAAUAAACACCUUUAUCUUUAUUAGUUCUUGUUAAACUGUAAAAAAAAUUAUGUUAGUAUUGAUUAAAGAUUAAAAUUACCAA